UAUUUUACUAUAUUAUAGAAAAUGUGCUGCUUGGUAUUUUAUUUAAGUUUAAAAAAUACGGUGUUGACUGAAACGAACUAGUGUUGCUGCUUUGGUAUAUUGUAUCUGGAACGCGUUAUUUUGGCACGUAUUAAAGAAAAAAAUUGCUGAAAAUGUGGUAUAUUCUGCUAACUUCACAUCUCAUGGUCAACUGAGCAAAACAGUUGACUUGAUAUGUCAAUUUCAACAUCUCCUGGAUCUUCCAAAGUUGAGUUCAAGAUUUCAGAUGAUGAAAGUUCAUCAAUUGAUGCGUCAUCAGACACUCAGUCCUCCAAGCCAACGAGUGCGCUGCCUGCCAUUCCGAGUAGUCUUGCUAGAGAAAGAAACUUCCUAGUGGGCCAUAUGUCUAAAUCGAAGUCAGCCGUCGGUAUCGAUGAAUUGAACCGAUAUUUUCCUCAGCAAAGACUUCGGCUGUUUGUUGGUACAUGGAACAUGCAGAGAUGUGAAGUCCCGGAAAAUGUUGAUGAUUUCAUUCUCCCGGACCAUGAGGAGUUUGUACAAGAUAUGUAUGUCAUCGGGGUGCAAGAGGCCCCUCAGGAUCAGAAAGCUUGGGAAAUCAAACUACAAGAAACCCUUGGUCCUAACCAUGUUCUUGCUCACUCUGUGUCUCAUGGAGUCCUUCAUCUUGCUGUGUUUGUACGACGUGACCUCAUCUGGUAUUUCUCGUAUUUUGACGAGGACAGAAUAACAACGCGAAUGAUUUCUCAAAUUAAAACCAAAGGAGCCGCAGCAAUGUCCUUUCAAUUCUUUGGCACUGAGUUCUUAUUUUUGACUUCACAUUUUCACUCUGGUGAAACGAAGGUAAAAGAGAGAAUUGAUGAUUAUAAUAAAGUGAUUAAGCAGCUGCAACUACCACGGCAGUCGAAUGAAAUCUACAAACAAGAAUCUGGAAACCCUUUUCCAAGAUUCGACAAUGUAUUUUGGUUUGGCGACCUUAACUUUCGUAUAAGCCAACCCCACCACCAUAUGAAACAAGAGGUGGAAAACCCAGCUACAUACGAUAUUAGGGAAGCUCUUAAAUGCGACCAGUUGAAAGGAAAUAUGAAGAGAGGCAAAAUAUUCCACGGUUUCCACGAAGCUCCCAUCAACUUCCUACCGACGUACAAGUUCAACCCUGAUUCGGACCAAUACGACACUUCGGUAAAGUUACGAGUGCCUUCUUACACGGACCGAAUUCUUCAUCGUAGCAAAACAGAGUCGGACGUUACAUGUCUGCAUUACAACAGUGUGCAAAAUAUACGGACCUCGGACCAUAGACCUGUUUAUGCUGUAUAUGAUGUUCUGCUUAAACCAGGGCAAGAAAGUAAAGUCCCGCUUAGCACCGGCCAGUUCAACAGGCAGGUCUACAUGGAAGCCGCCAAACGUCGGGCACACGGGACCAAGAUGCCACAGCGCAGUACUAUCUGUACUUUACUCUAACACCUCAUUGAAUAUUUAUAAACCAUUCGUUUAUUUUUCAACUUAUUUAAAGCACUGUGAGGCGUCAAUCUUUUUGUGCCCUGUAUUCUCGUCUUUAAGCGAGCCAUUCUCUAUACAGUAGCCAGAAUUACCCAAUGCCUGUCGUUGUGUACCGGUGUGCGUCCCAGCAACGACCUUCAAGUCAUAUUAACCACGAACGCAAUUUUCGCUCAAUCAUACGUAAUCUGUAGAUAAACUAUUACUUUAGAUUAGAAUGUUCAAAUAGUUAUUAACACACUUCCCAAAAUUUUAAGAUUACACAUUUCCACCCGCUUUUGCGGAAAGGCGUUGACUUUUUUAAACUGUGUCUCGUAGUUUCCCAACUUCUGUACAACGACAGCCGAUCACAAGGGCUCUCCUCUAGUCCGCAAUGCUUCAAGUCGAUACCCGUGUGGUUCUUUACGGUUUUAAGAGCUUUGAGAAUGCUCUUACAAGUCGUUGUGUCUAGUACUACAAUUGGACCGUUGCGUGACAUCUUCUGUUCUGUCUUUCUUAAUGUUUUAAUCUCAAGCGUGAUACUUACCUUCUAAACUGGGCUACCUAUACGUUAUAGUUUUCGCGCCUGUGCAAUGUCCGUUUGUUUCUUUAAAGCUGUUACGUUCUACACUGUGUAACACCCGUGAAAACGAAAUUUGUGUAACUAUAAAAAAACGCAAUUUGUGAAACUAUAAAACGCAAUAUGUGUAACUAUAAAUUGUCUAUAUCCUAUAGUACAGUAAAAACUGAAACGAAAACAUCAGUUUUGAUUCCCAACCUAAAAAUCCAAAUGUCAAAUCACCAGAACGGUUUCCCCCAUAUACCUUUACCCAAUUUAUCCGUUUCCCCCUUAUUACCUACAACGAUUUUACUUCAUUAUUUUGUUCAUCUUUUCUCCACUUUGCGUACCACUUCUCCUGCUGCUCAGGAAUCUGUGGACAUCAGUUAAAAUAAACGAGAAACAAAAUA